AUGACAAGCAGAGGACGGAACGGAAGCGAUUUAUUUUAUGCAGUAACUGUUGUUCUGUUUUGUUCCUCCUUCGCUGAUGAUUCUGAUUAUUCUAAUAGUUACGAUGACGACGAUGGCGGCGAUAAUAAUGGUACAGCUACUGCAGGUUAUUCUGCUGCUGUUGCUGCAGAUACUACUUCUGAUGCCAAUGAUUACAGCAAAGUCUGGUAUAAAGAGCAGUGCUAA